UUAGCAAUUGUUUCUUGUGACAUAUCGUUAGUGAGUGAAAAAAGCUAUCACACAUGAAUUGGAUUUUAUGUCCUACAACAUGAAUCGAGAAAUGGGAUCAUUACCUGAACCAAAGGCACCCAUGAAUCAGUAUAAAGAAACAUUACGAAGACAGAUGGCGAAAUCCACACGCCUUGAUUCAUAUUUGGAGGAUAAGCGCAAGAAAUCCAAGAAAAAGAAAUCGCGACAUAAACUGGAAGCAGCAGCUGAAGAAACAGAUAUGGAGAGUUUUAAGAAAGAUGGCAGAUCUUCCUCGAGUGAACUUCGAACGAAAAGUGUUUGUUCCCGUUCAAAGAGUGUUGGUCUUGAUUCGGAUUUCGACAAAAGAAGUGUUUCGUCUCCAAGACACAAAACUGUGACAUUCGCUCAGGAUCGAUUGGUAGAACCGUUUCAGGUGCAAGUGCAUCCUGCUGAUCAAAAAGAUACGUUAAGAUACGAAUAUGAUUGUGGUGUAAGUGAUAAGGCAAACUGUGAUAAGGAAACAACCGAACGUGUGACGAAUGAUUCGUCUCGUGAUCACGAAAACAAAAAUUGUGUGUCUGCUAGUGAAAAGGUUGACAUGGAUUCCUUGCGUGAACAAAAUGACACGGACGAAAAUGAAAAUAAAACUAAUGUGACGGAUAGUAACUACCCCAAACAGACUGUGUUUUGUGAACCAGACAGUGAUAUAUUACAAAUCUUACAAGAUACAAGUGACGUAAAGGGUGCCUAUAAAGACAGUCGGUCUUCCAUAAAGACAAUCAGUAGUAUGGUACGUGGUGUAAAGCAAGAUAAAACGGAUACGGUGGCAGAAUGUCGGAAAAUGUUCCGAGAAGAAAUAAUGAGACUUCGACAAGAGACGGAAGAUUUUAGAAUUAUGUGCCUUAAACAGAUAGAGAAACAGAAAAAAGCCGUUGAAAAACACAGAAGACGUAGCUUAAGUCAAGUUACUGACAGACAAUCAAUGACAAAUGAAACAUUACCAGAAUUAGAAUCGGAACUACAAGGUUUAUCUCAAAGUAUGGAAUAUCUUCAACAUAAACAAAUAGUUUUAGAUAAAGAAGCAGAUUUGCUAAACCGCGAAGAAGACAUCGAGAAAAAACAAAAACAUCUCGAAGAUUAUGAACAAGAGAUUCAAGAUGUAGAAAUAAUGUUACGGCACAGAAAGGCUUUAUGUGAUAGAAGACAGGUGGCGCUAAUAACGUUAGAUGAGGAAUUAAAUAAGUUAAAACAUGAAAUUGAAGAAACUAAGGAUCAGAUGGAAAAGGAUGGUAUAGAUACCACAACAGCAUCGGAGAGAGCAAAACAGAAUUGGCGUUAUACAAGAAGUAACCAUACUACAGAAUGGGAAAUGCUGAGAAGAAAUAUGAUGGACAAGCAGAAUGUUUUAGAGAGCACUGUACAGAAAUACCGAUCUGAACUGGCAUCUGCCGCAUCCAGAAUGGUGGGAAAAGAUAUCCUUAUACAGAAACUACAAGAACAGCUGAAAGAUCAAGAAGACGUGCUAAAGGUGAAAGAUAAAAAGUUAAAAAAUUUAGAACUGAAACUAGAGCUCGCCUUAACCGAAAUACAUAAUAUGGAAUCCAAAUUUGAUUUGUUGCGUUCGAAUACAAAUAAUAACAACAUUACUCUCGACAAACUCCAUCUUGUGAGAAAAUGUAGUCAAGAUUCAAUGAUACUUCGGGACUCCAGUCAAGACUCGGGAAUUGGACCUCGAGACUUGUCUCCACGGAACAGUCAGGAUUCACACAACACUAGUCAUGAUUCUCCUGGUUCCAGACAUAGUUUUACUGGAUCCCCGGACUCACAGUUAUCUGUUAAAUCUGGCAAUCAUAAUGAGGUUGGGUCGUCUUCUUCCAUCAAAAGUCAUUUACUGUUUCCAGAAAUUCCCGGAACCCCUAUGUCUCAACCUAGCAGCUCUGGUUUACCAUUAACAACAGAUGGGUCGUACAGACCCUUUAACUCGGUGGGUGCUGAAAAUGACAUUACUCACUAUCCCAACAAUUUGGUGCUGGGUAAACAAAAACUUCGAUCUAAAGACAAGAUAGUCCGGCAUUCAUCGGCAAGCAGAAAGCAGAGUAUAGCUAACGGAAAUCUGACGAAACUCUCAAUGUUGAAGCAUGUUGGUGAUGAUAUGAAAAGUGGAGCAUGUUCUGUGAUGUGAUAUUAGUUAUUUUGUUCGUUUUUAAAAUGAAGCUGCAAAAAUUCUUUCUUUCUUUCUUGGUGAGCGUUGACCUUCAAAACGAUGCACAUUUGUUUGAACUGUGCAAAUAAUAAAAGAUUUAGUAUACUAGUUAUCCACAUAUUUAGACUUGCAUCUUCACCAUGUGCCAUGUCAAUCUAUAUGGCAGCAAGAUUUUCCUUCAGGCGAUUGUGAAAGUUAAAUGGAAAGUGACCAUCAUAAUAAUUCAACUAACAAAGAGCCUAGUCAAUAUUUCCUGCAUGGGUUGAUCUGUAUGGCAUGUAAAAUGAACUAUAGUAUCGUAUUAGUUUCUGGGUUUGUUAAUUUGGAUAUUAAAGAUACAAAUGUGGAAAAUGACCUUUUAUAAACUGAGAAACUGUACUGUGAUAGGGGGGAGACUUUAAUGUGAUACAAGUGGUAAAGUCCUUACACGAAUAGAUAGAUUUUUCUGCUAGUGGUUAUUGUGCUUUGGAAAACCGGGAUCGAAACUGUGAUAUACUGUGUUAAAUUUUUGAUUCAGGAUACUGGCUGGACAAUGGGCCUACAUGACUGGACAAAGGGCCUACAUGACGUGGGAAAUUAUGCUAUAUGUAAUCUGGACAAACACCACAAAGAAAUGGUAUUAGUUAUGUGUUACCAUCCGUAUGAAAACAGACUGAUCAAUACAUAAUUGAUUCAGCAUUUGAAUAUCUUGUUUUAUAGGUAGCCAGGUAUAGGCACACAUUUUGUAAGCCAUUUCAAACUUCCAUCUUAGUGGAAAGAUACAUUUUGAUUUGAAAUAUAAACAAUGAGAAGUGGAUGUGUUAUUAACUUUGAUUACUGAUAUUCACAACAAAACUUUGAUAUAUCUUGUGUGUCAAGAUCUAUGCAUUAAGUAAAUAUUGAGUUUCUCUCUUGUGGGAUCAACUAUCUACUACAACUAAAUUAUAUGCAUAUGUUGAAAACCAUGUAUUCACUUUUAAAAGAGCAGUCCCACUUGAAAGAUUUUCUAUAAAAUAUGGAAAUUAUUUAGACAAUUUGAUCUGACAAAAUGCAGUAGACAACCAUUUAAAGAUCGUCUAACUUGAGCAUUGUUAAGUCAUAUAUUAGAUCUCAUACCUUUAUACUGAAAGGUAUGGCUAUGCCUAUUUGUGGACAUCUGAUGCCAGCUAAUAAAUGUAUGUGGCAAAGAUCAAUCACAUAUUGGUCUUGGACACAUCUUUAAACCACUGUAUUGAUUUUCAAAUCACUUAUGCAACUGUUUUAUCGCUCUAUGGCAGUGGUUCAUAAAACCUCUGCAUGCCACUCAAAUUACUGAUAUGCAACUAUUUUGUAAUUCUAUGGCAGUGGUUCCCAAACCUUGAUUUAGGCUAAUCAAAAUAUUUUUGCUUGUUUUAAUCUAACUAUGCGUAAAAAAAGUUUGGGAACCACUGUUCUAUUUAAUAGAAUAUAAUCAAUGCCUUAACUUUCAAAGGAGUAAACGGGAUGGGUGUCCGAAUGGUUAGCGCAUGCGCGUUCAAUCAUAAGGUCUGUCAUGGAGUCAAAAGGCAUGGUUUUGAUUCCCUGGUUGUACGUGACAAGAAGCAGGGUCGCCUGUCCAACCUCGUGGGUUUUCUCCUGGUUCUCGGGUUUCCUCCCACAGCUAAAGAAUCCUACGCGCCAAGCGAAUUAUUGAAAUAAAAUUAAACCAUGUUGGUCACAAAAUGAAAUAAGUUUGUGUUGAGUGGGCGUUAAACCCCAUUUCUCUCUCCCUUCAAAGGAGUAUAUGUAUAUUAUUAACAAAAAGUGGGAUUGUUCUUUUAAAGUUACUAUGUUUAUAAUUCGUUUUCUACAAUUUAUUAUAAAACAUCUUCCAUUCAUCAUUUUGCUUCACAUUUUAUUUAUUAAUUUUUAAUCAGAAAUGUUUCUUAUUCUUUCGAUAUCUUUGACAAGAAUAAUUAAUAAAUAAAUCUUUAAACACUUU